CCGGCCGUUUCAAACUACGAAAAGGCCGCAGCAGUCGAGACUUCGAGAGUCAGAGAGCAGGGCAGUCGCGCUGCCCCCAAUAAGGCCUUUUUCACCUACGAAAUCCCUUUUUACACCCCCCGUUUAUUAUUAUUAUUAUCGUUAUACAACAUAAUCUGUCCGAUUUUUGCUGUACGACCAGCUCAGCCGACUUCCCGGGCAGAAGAUUCCCCCCAGCCAAUUCGUAAGAUGGUCAGCUAACUGCGGAUUAUGAGAGUACUGACUCGUGUUGGCCCACACGAGAUCGCUGACGAAAUAAUGGGGGAAUCAGAAUAUCAAAGAAAACCGCGAUAGAAGCAGAGCGGAUUAUGGAUUAAGGGUUAUGAUUGAUUUUGAUUGACCGGAGGGCUAACAACAAUUCUGGCAAGUGAAACAAGUUAUGGACCUCGCACCACGGAACCACCGUGGGAGCAGUUCGUCAAACCAUCACCAUCAUCAUCGCCACCACCACCAUCGUCACCACAACCACCACCAUCAUCAGAACCACCACCAUCACCAGCCGCCGCCUCCUCCUCCCCCUCCACCUCCACCGCCACCUUCUACACCGCCUUCUCCCCAACCGCCGCUGCCACCGGCUCAGAAGGCGAAGAGCUGGAAACUGCUCGUCGACCCUGUUCUCGUGAAAGGUGGCACCAAGCUUUACAGGUAUGACGGUCAGAAUCCGAAUGACACCGUGUUCUCGCAGGUCCAAGUCCGUGACCCUAGAUCCCACCUCUCACGGAUAUGGGCCAGGAUGGAGACGAUGGACCUCCCGGUCCCUAGGUUUAGGAUCGAUGAGAAUUACAUCGGUGUCCCACCUCCUGUCGAGAUCACGAUGUGCAACCUCAACGACAACAUCAACAAUAGCUUCCUCACAGAGAUCGUUCAGAAAUAUGGAGUACCCGAAGAGGUGAACAUAUAUUACCACCCGGUGACAAAAAGGCAUCUCGGCCUUGCCAAAAUAACCUUCGAGACAGUCAAAGGGGCGAAAUUGUGCAUUGAAAAACUUAAUGACACUUCUGUCAUGGGUAAAGUUGUCAAAGUUUUUUUAGACCCUUUUGGAAAUGAAUGUCAGAAGUUGUUUGACAACAUGACUAUAGAGAAGAAAAAGGUCGAGGAACCUCCACCACUACCACCCCCACCUGUGAAAAUAGAAGAGAAAAAGGUGAAAAAAGAGGAAGAUAUGAAAAAAGAAGAAAAGGAAUAUAGUGAUUACGGUCAAUCGGCUCUAGAGGCAGUUAUCCCGAGAAAUUAUCACACUCCAAGUUAUCACACACCCAAGGAUUAUUAUUCCACCGGAGCAGCACAGAUGACUUAUGAACAGUACAAUCAUUAUGCUCAACAUACAUCAUAUUACCAACACUUGGCUCCAAUAGCGGCACAGUGGGUCUGGCCUGACAAUCACCAUCCUCAGAUUCCAGCCACGUGGGACGUGCGCCAACCGGUGGCCCCUCCAUUGCCCACCAGCGCCCCGCCUACUCCUAUGUGGCCUGAACCCACGACCAAAGAGCCUGAAAAACCUAAAAAGAAAGAGUCGAGCCCGGUAGAAAGCAAGCAAAUGGACCUUGAUACGAGAAUAGAACUCAUCCUCAAAGGAAAAUCCGUUAGUGGUCCCAACCCACCGUUCCUGCAGAUAAUAAACAAUGAGUCUGACGAGGAUGAACCCGACUUGGACCCGUUGAGACCAAAACGGCUUUCACUCGAGACAGAAAAUUAUAUCGCAAGUAAAAUGUCAGGCCCAGAAAGUACAAAUCAGUCUCCCGACGAGAAUGACCAACCCCUCUCAACACCUCCUUCACCAUUUUUAUCAUUAGAAACUUAUUUAGAGUGUCAUCAGAAGGCUGUUGAAAAGUCAAAAUUAUUAAAACAGAUGGAAAUGAUGGAGACGACUGCUCUUUUGGAAAAACAGUCAAAAAUGUUGAAAGACAGCUCUUUGCACAGUGAAAUAUCUUCUAGUGAGGAUGAUAUUUUAGCAGGAAAAGAAUCAAAACCUCCAACGCCUGAAAGCAUGAUUAAUAAAGCCGACGAGGAUGAUAGGAUGAGUUUGUCCAGCUUGAGUUCAGGAGAGCAAAAGAUUGAAGAAAUGAAACCAACGACUGAAGUCUUGCAGUCCGGAUUUAACGGUUUUACAUCACAUUAUUUUUCACAGAACAAUCUAUUUGCCAGUGACAUCUUUAUGCCGUGGAGGCAUCAUUACUCGCAGUUUUUUGGUUCCUUCCACCCUUAUAAUUUUCAACCUCACAUACGUUCUAUGAUGAGCUACCCACCUCCUGGCUACAUACCCUUCCAACAGCAAAAAUCUAAAGAGCCGUCCUCCCCUCAUGAUGCCACUAUAAAAUCUGUUGUCGAAAAGAUAACGCAAGAGUUGAAACAAAUUUUGAAAAGGGAUUUUAACAAGAAAAUGGUGGAGAAUACGGCGUUUAAAGCUUUUGAAAAGUGGUGGGACGAGUCCGAAAGGAGAUCUAAGGAGAGAACGGGACAGAAUGAGCCCGAGAAGCCUGCUCCGAAUAUUUUGACUUCAAUUUUGGAUUCGGGAAUGGAAGCUUUGGACCCAAUGUCACUUGGCUCGUUUGGUUUAGGCUUCCGUGCAGCUCUCCCUAAACUUCCUUCGUUCAGGAGAAAAAGAAAGCCUCCGUCUCCGAGAUACGAUGAAGAAUCUGAACAGGGUAAUGCCAGUGACCAAGAAGAAAUUGUACACCAUUCUGAUAACGACAGCGAUGCUGAACUCCAGAUACCUCCUGAAGAAGAAAAGAUCAUUUCAAGGAAACGGGUCGUCUCUAGUAGUUCUUCAUCGUCCUCAUCUUCAGAAUCGAGUUCUUCGUCUUCAAGUGAUAGCUCAAGCAGUUCGAGUGAAGACGAUUCAUCGAGUGAGUCAGCGACUUCGGGUAGGAGUUGCCUCGAUUUACUCGAUUUUGAUGAUUUCAAAGAAGCCAAGACUCCUGAAGGGUACGCAACUCCAAUCCGAGAAGCCGAUACCGAAAGUUUUGCCGAUGUAUCUGAGGUCCAGUCUCCUAAAUUUAUCAGUGACGAGGAAACACAAUCCGCAGAAGAGACCGAAGACGAACCGCAAUCUUUGCCACCCCCACCGACCGAAGCGGAAAAGGUGGUUAAAAUGGACGAACAAGAGCCCGAAGAGUUCAGCGGGCACAUCGCUAUGGAACAUUCUUACUGUCGACCAACAGAGUGUCCUAGUGAAAUUGUGUCUCAAGAAUAUAUCGAUCACGAUCAUGGCUAUUUAGACAGAAGGAAACAACCAUUAAUGCCCAUACAUGAAAAUAGAAUUAGAAAACAUGAAAAACACGAAAAACAUGAGAAACACGAGAAACAUGAAAAACAUGAGAAACAUGAAAAAUAUGAAAAACCAAAAUCUCCUAAGAGAGAAGCUGUUAAAUCAAUAAGAAGAUAUGAACAGAGAGAUAUUCUAAGUGAAAUGAACAUAUUAUACGAAUUCCUCACAAAAGGGAUUGAUUAUGAAGAUAUCAAGUUUUUGAAAACAUCUUUUAAUCAAUUGUUGAAUGACAAUGAUGGCAUUAGAAUGAACUAUUGGCUACAUGAUACUCACUGGGUCGAUCAUCCUUGCACUGACGUAGUUAUACCGUCAAAACGAAGACGGAGGGAAGAAAAAGAACCCCACUCCUCAGGCUCUGCGAGGACCGAAGGUUUCUACAAAAUGGAUUCAAAACAGAAAAUAAGAAUAGACCAUCAUCAGUCGAUAGCUUCGAGUUUGAUGGAGCCAGAAGAGGCUACUCUCACUACAACCGGAAAGAUGGUUGCAAUUUCAAGAGAAGCCAGGAGUAACCAAAGGCGUCUUUUGACUGCGUUUGGCGAAACGGAAAGCGAUCUGCUAAAAUUCAACGUGCUCAAGUUUAGAAAGAAGCAGCUGAAAUUUGCCAAAUCUUCUAUCCACGAUUGGGGCCUAUUCGCCAUGGAGCCUAUCGCGGCUGACGAGAUGGUCAUAGAGUAUGUGGGCCAAAUGGUACGCCCAGUAGUCGCAGAUUUGAGAGAAAGGCAUUAUGAAGCGACUGGAAUCGGAUCCUCUUAUCUCUUUAGAAUCGACACGGAAACGAUAAUAGAUGCCACUAAAUGCGGCAACCUGGCUAGGUUUAUAAACCAUUCCUGCAACCCUAACUGUUACGCCAAGAUAAUAACGAUAGACAACCAGAAAAAAAUUGUCAUUUAUUCAAAACAGCAAAUCAGUGUGAACGAGGAGAUAACUUACGAUUACAAGUUCCCGAUAGAGGACGUGAAAAUACCUUGUCUCUGUGGUGCACAGGGUUGCCGUGGAACAUUAAAUUAAUAUUGUACAUAUAUAUAUUAGUGUGUAAAUAAGCUGUACACUUGUUGUAUUAAAUAAUUAUUAUGAAAAAGAAAAAAAAACUGUAAUUACUUCCAUACAAAAAUAAUAAUUUGUCCUAUGAUUUUUUUAAAUCUGUAAAUAACAUAAAUGUAAAUAUGAGGUAUUUGCCCCAUUGUCUGUGUUAGAUUUUUAAUUAUUUCAGAUAUUUUUUUCCCAUUUUUUUCUACUGAAAGAUCUCAGAAGUAAAUGUUAAUUAUCAAUCUGUUUUUUCCUGGACAAUUUGCACAUUGAUUAUACAACAAAUUCAGAUUAACCUUUAAUAAAACUUUUACUAGUCUUC